AACACCGCUUGGAGGAAGAGACGAUCUGACGAUGAGUUAAAUGUCCCGAGGAAUGCGUAAGAGAAAGAUGAAUAGCACCUGAUACACAACAAACGAUCCAGCAGGUAUCUUAUCAUCACAAUGUUCUCGGUUUCGAUGACAGUGUUAUGGAACAGUUCAAUGUUGAGUCACACAUGAUUCGUGUGUCGUAAAAUGGGAGGUAACGAUAAAACCGUUUCGAAUCAGUUUUCGUGCUCGACCUCGUGAAAUUCACAGCAAAGAAGAUUCCCUGAGGAAACUUAAAGCAAAUGACAUGGGAUUUUGCCAGCAACGGUUUUUUAUGUUAACAAUAUGCUUUCUUCAAAUAGUGUCGAUUGCCCAACGGCAAGUCUUCGAUUUUUUAGGUUAUUUAUGGAUACCCAUUCUAAUUAACUUCUUCCAAAUAAUAUUUGUUAUUUUUGGAUUUUAUGGUACCUUUCAAUAUCGACCAAAGUACAUAAUUUCGUAUUCCGUUUGGCAUCUUUUUUAUCUUGGAUGGAAUAUGUUCCUUAUCUGUUUAUACUUAGAUAUAGGAAUAUUAGAUCAUAGGCAAAAUAUUGUAAUUAAAUUAGAUCCGGAUAGUUAUACAUGGUGGAGCCAAAAUGGUCCUGGAUGUCAAGGUACUCUUAAUGUCACAGGAUCAAUGCCUAUGUAUGAAGAUAAAAAUUGCAUCAUUGAUUAUCGUUACAUUGAAAUAUUUCAAGCUGGUCUGCAAUGUUUCUUAGCGUUUUUCGGAAUAAUAUCCGGACUAUGUUUAAGUAGAACAUUUUUAGAAGAAGAUGACAGUUCGUCACGUAAGCAACUGCGUAAACCAAAGAACCGUACUUCUCUCUAUUCCAUAGAGUUUAAUACGCAAAUGGACGGACGGGGUGGUAGUGAAAGUCCAGAUUUUCCUACCGAUCAUGUUCCAUCUCAAGUAUCCCCAAAACCAAUGACCCCUCGUCGUGUAAAACGAAGAAGCGUCAUGCAAAGGGGUUCUUCCGGUCGCCAUAGUACGGGUAGUCGUAGACAAAACACUGCAAGGUCAUCAACGCGGAGUUCAAGAAGAAUGGCACAAAAUCCUGUUACAAGACUUCUCGAGCAACAGCAAAAAAUACAACAUUAUGAUCCGCCAGCGAGUUCAUCCCCGAUUGAAACUUUACCGAAUUAUUAUAGCAACGUAUCGAACAAUAAUUUGUUAUCGUUGCAAAGUAAUUGGCAAAGUAACGGUCAUACGAACCCCACUUAUCAGCAAUCCUCGACGCAAUCUUUAAACGAACCCGAAGAUUUCGACGAAUUGUAUAACAACAGGCCUGCGAGUGUUAGAUCGAGUUACUCGAAUUUUCACGGUACACGUGCUAUUAAUUAUAACACACAACACUAUCACGGAGCCACACCUCAAGUCCCACAAAAACGAAGCUCAAACCCCAAUAGACAUAGCAUGCGAUCAAUGGCGUUUUUAAAUAAUGGUCCUCCAGCUUAUAGUUCUCAAGGUCAUUCUUCGCCUUUGGAUUCUGAGACAACCAUUUAACUAUAUCUUGCAAUUUUUUUAUAUAGGAUGAUUUAUAUCCUGUAUAUUCAUGUCCUCUUUUCUAACCUGUGAUACCUAUAGCAAUGAUUAAAAUAUGGUUAGUGCGUUGCGUGCAUAUUUUUUAUACAUCAUCUUUCAGUAUUUUUAAGAUAACAAUUAUUAGGAUUGUUUAAAAAGGGAAUAAAUAUACUACUUAUUACUUAUUAUUCACAAUUUAGGAUGUAAAAAUUGUUUUGGCCAACUUGCCAAAAUUUUAAUUAAAUACAAAGAAAAUGUAUCAAGUCAAUAAGUCUGAUAAUAAAUACAAUUUUUGAAUAAUUUAAUUAUAAUAAAAAAAUAUUGCUCAUUCAACUAGCUACCUUCUUAUCUAAUUAUCUAGAUCGAAACUUGUUUUCCAUGUACAUAAUUGUAAAUAAAUUUAUAUAUUAGUUUUGUGAUUUAUCUUAAAAAAAUUAUUUAUUUUUGUAUUAAGUUAAAUCACGCCGAUUUAUUACGAAAUUUUUUUGCAAAAUUAGUUACUGUUUUAAAAUUUGAUUAAUUCCAAUGUGGUCGCGAAAUGUUUCAGAACGAAUUAGUUUAUUGUUAUUCGUUAACGUUUCUGGUUAAACACUUAUAGUUAUAUAAGAUUCCCUCAAACACGUUGAAAUAAUAAAUAAAAAUAUGAUUAUUUCCCCCCCUCUCCGAUAGAAAACGAAGCAUAUCACUGAUAGUGUUCACGUGUGCAGCUAAUAAUUUAUUUUAAGUUCCCAUAGAGUUACGAUUAGUUUAAUAAACUAAGCGAUAUCGACCAAAGUAUUAAUAAUAAAUAAACGCAUAUAUAUUUGUACUGAAAUUUGUAUGUGAACAAAAAAAAAACGAUUUGUAAUAAACGUAUUAAAUAUUGUA